AUGGCACUAGACACUGUGGUUUACCCUCAAGACUCACUUGGUUAUGACUGCAAGGAGUUCUUCUACAACUUGGGUGGAGCUACUGGUCUGGGAUAUAACUUUGGUUUACAAGAAGACGACAAAGAUCUCGAUGGAUUAAUCAUGAACAACACUAUUAUUGAACAAGGUUUAAAUGGAAACUGGGUCGACGACUCAUCUUCUUCAGUGAUGCAAAAUGUGAAGGAAUGGGAUCGAUAUUCGUCGCCUGAAGCUUGCACAGGUGAUCAUUUAUGUGGGGAAACGUCACCGGCUAUGAAAUUCGGCCGGCGAAAGAGGCGGCGCACCAAAAGUUGCAAGAACAAAGAAGAAUUAGAGAACCAGAGGAUGAAUCACAUUGCUGUUGAGCGUAACCGUCGCAAACAGAUGAACGAAUACCUCGCCGUUAUCCGAUCUUUCAUGCCGGCUUCUUAUGUUCAAAGGGGUGAUCAAGCCUCAAUAAUUGGAGGAGCCAUCAAUUUUUUAAAGGAGCUAGAGCAGCAUCUUCAAACCCUGGAGGCCCAAAAGAGAAUUAUUUCACAAAACAACAAUGGUUCCUCUUCACUUUUUGCAGAUUUCUUCACCUUCCCACAGUACUCGACAAGACUUCACCCUAAUAAUUCACCGGCAACAGCAAACGAUCCAACGGUGGAGAACCGAUUGGCUUUAGCAGACAUUGAAGUGACCAUGGUGGAGAGCCAUGCCAACCUCAAGAUACUCUCAAAGAGACAUCCCAGACAGCUCUUAAAGUUGGUAGCUGGGCUUCAGUGUUUAUGGCUCACUGUUCUACACCUCAACGUUACAACGGUUGACCAACAGGUUCUCUAUUCUCUCAGUGUAAAGCUUGAAGAUGGGUGCCAGCUGACUACAGUAGAUGAAAUUGCGGAUGCUGUUAAUCACUUGUUGGGCAGAAUUCAAGAAGAAGCUUGUUUAAGCUGA